GAUGGGCAGCACAGUACAUUCUCUGUAUUUAUAGAAUUGUUCAAAUGACAAGGCAUGGGCAAAAUAAAAUAAACACUAGAGGUUAAUAUUAUUUGUUUAGGUUACAUUGUGGUUAUAAUUCAUAUAUAUUGUGUAGGUUGCAUAACAAAACAUUGUUUCGAACGUUGGUGACUUCAGAUUUCAAAGGAGCAUAUCACCUUAAACGAACAGUUCACCCAAAAAUAAAAAUUCUGUCUUCAUUUACUCACCCUCAAAUUGUGUUCUGAUUAACACAGAGAAAUAUAUUUGGAAGAUGCUCGUAAGCACAUUUCCAUUUGGCCACCAUUGACCAGCAUGGUGGGAAAAAUUGCGUUAUAAAUUUCUUUGUUCUGUUGAACACAAAAGAAGAUAUUUUGAAUAAUGUAGAAAAGCAAACAGUUCUUGGGCACUUUUGACUACCAUUGUAAUUUUUCCUACUAUGGUAGUCAUUGGUGGCCAAGAACUGUUCGGUUACAAGCAUUCUUCCAAAUAAUGUUCUCUGUGUUCAUCACAACAAAGACAUACAGGUUUGAAACAACCAAGGGUGAGUAAAUGAUGACAUAAUUUUUAUUUUUGGAUGAACUGUCACUUUAACAGAAGUGUUUAGUGUUUCAACAGUUUCCACAAUAAUGAAAAAAGUGAGGAGCUGGCACCAACCUUUCUAAAGCAACUGUUGAUAGAUGUAGGCCUACAACAUUUCACUGAAGACUAUUCAGAAGUAUGCACCUAUUGGAGCCUGUUUGAAUAUGUAUUAAAAACACAUUGUCACCUAUUUUCCUACCUGACUAUGGACUAAUGUUUAUUUUGUGUGCAAUCCAGAUCUAAAAUGUACUGUAACAACUUAAUCCUGGGAAGAAUUUGGCUUUCCGUUCCUAAUCUCAUGGAAACUUUAGUCACAUACAGAAACUUCUAUACUGUUCCUGAUUGUUUAUCUAUGUGUGUUAAAUAAGCCUUUUCCGAUUUUAAAGGCUUAGCUUGAUGUAGUGCACAAGUAUUGUACAUAAUAUAUUACUUUUCUCAGGCUGAUUAAAAAAAGAUAUUUGUAGCUACAUUUAUCUUGGUUAAUCUUUUGUUAGUAUUGUCUAAUUUGGGUUGAGUGAGUUAUUUUCAAUGCCAGAUUAGUCAAAUACAGCAGUUGCACUUGCUAUACUCGGCUCAUGCCGUCUAAAAAUGAAGUGAUAAUGUGAACGUAGCCAUUUGUUUCUAUUGGUCCUGUAGCCUCUGUCAGUCUCAUUCUGUAGCUCUGAGGUUGGCUAAUUAGACAGCCUAAUCCGCUUUAACGGAGGCUGAUGUCAUGUUGGUUUGGCUCACCACAAAUCCCCCUAGUAGAUACAAGCAAAGUAUGGGAUGCAGAAGAGGAGGGAGGGAGUGUCUGCCUGCUCUGGAAUUUUUGAUGGACUGUCAGCCUAACAGUUAACUAAGGUAUUUUACAAAUCAGAUGAAACUACACUUGUGAUAUUAUCGAACUCAAUUGGGACGUCUCUGUGCGCGCAAAACCAUCGGGUAACAUUUUUGUCGCCAGCGCGCUGCUGAGAUAUGGGGACUGUGCUCUCCAUAUCCCCAAUAUCAAGCAAAGUGUCCAUUCUUGACGAUGGAGGCGAAUCGGCGUGCGAAGCCAACGGGGAAAAUCUUAAAAAGCGGUCAGUGAUCGUUUCCACGCUGACAUUUAAACGCUUCGUGACCGCAGCAGCUAAGAAAACAAGUGCCAAGAAAGUGAAUCCCAAUGCGCCUCCGCUACCAGCGAACAACGGUGACAGUCAAGUGGUUGCGCAUCUGAACCACGAGAAUUUAAAGAUAUCACAACAGUCAACCGACCGGAAAACGAAAAAUGGACCUCUUGCCGUACCCAUCCCUACGGUUACCACCCAACUUCAGGUUAAUCUCGAUCAGUUGUCUCCAAAGGCGAAGCAGCUGGUGUCGGUUCAUAAACAGCCCAGCAGUCUGUCCCUCAUCUCCUCGAGACGCGUGAUCGUUCAGGCCUCCACCGGGGAGCUGCUCCGCUGUCUGGGUGAAUUCGUGUGCAAACGAUGCUUCAAACUGAAGGAACUCAGUCCAAACGAGGUCAUUCUUUGGUUCCGAAACGUGGACAGGACUCUUUUGUUGCAGGGCUGGCAGGAUCAGGGGUUCAUCACACCAGCCAACCUAGUGUUCGUGUAUCUGCUCUGUAGGGAAACGCUGACCGAUGCUAUUGACAGUCAGCGUGAACUCCAAGGGACCUUUCUGACUUGCCUGUAUCUGGCGUAUUCCUAUAUAGGGAACGAGAUUUCUUACCCUCUUAAGCCCUUCAUGGUCGAGACGAAUAAGGACGUUUUCUGGGAGCGCUCAUUGGAUGUAAUCGAUAAACUGAGUGGCAAAAUGCUACAGAUUAACAUAGAUCCGCACUUUUUCACAGAGGUUUUUCAAGAUUUGAAAAACGAAGGGGAUUACAAGAUUGAUGCAGGUGAACUGGACCGCUAGUGAGAUCGUGAUCUGCGCACUGUCAUCAAUGCCAUUGAACUGAAUGUAAUUAUUUAGUGAACUGUACAUGAGCCGGUUUACCAAUAUUUAUUUCAUUUAUUGUUUUGAUAAUUGUUUUAACAGUAUUAAAUGUAGUUAAUAGCCAAUAUUUAUGGUCAGCCUUUAAGAAAAUUAACCAUGGUUUAAGUAGGCUAACCAUGUUUUUUAACCACGAUCACCAAUUAAAAGGGUUGGGAAUCGAAAUCAAUUUCAAUUUGGAAUCGGAAGGCUAAGAAUCGUUUCGGAAUCGAAAGGAAUAGGAAUCGGACACUUGAGAUUAAUUAAUUAAAAAAAAUUCCUCAUCAAUUCCUGUGUGCAUAUUUUCAGAAAAGUACACGCGUUGUGUGAUCUGCUGAUAUCUCAAUAAAAGCCCUCAUGAAAAUUAACGAUAUUUUUAUAGUAAGCAUAUUUGAACUACCUAUAGUAUUGCAUUAAAGCACAGGAACCACAAAUCGACCAUAGUUUCAAUAUAGUUACUACAGUUUAACGAUGUAGUUCAACUAUGGUAAUACAUAAAUCUGAAAAAACUUGGUUCUAUGUGUAUAUAAAACAGUGCUCAUAAAUAUAUAUAAAAACAAGUCAAUAAGCAGGCUACAUGACCAUACAGGUUGAUAUCUUAAUGUUUUACGCGUGGAAUCGAAACCGGGAAUCGAUAAGAGCAGAAUCGGAAUCAAUAAAAUUCAAACGAUUCACAACCCUACCAAUUAAAUAUGGUUUUACUACCGUAACCUUAGUUUUACAAUGAUAUUUCAGUAAAACUGAAAGCUGUGGUUAUCAAUCUUGUUAUCAAUCUGCCGAAUAAGAGUGUGUAAUUUAAAUCAGUCACCCACAGUCAUAAAUAGGGAGUGCUAAAACAAAACAUUUUAUUCUACAUGUUUGUCAGCCUCAUAUUUUAUUACUAUAUAGGUCAUGGUUCACUACACCUGAGACCUGGGAAAUUGUUUUAGAUUUUUACAAAAACAUAUUUUGCUGUAUUAUAUGAUAAUGUACAGUGUAUUAUUUUUAGUUUGACUAUACCCUUGUAUAUCUUCUUUAAGGUACGCCAAAGCGUAAAACAGUGGCAACUAUGGUUGCUCCCACUCAAUACAUUUAAGGUCUCAGGAGGUUAACAAAAUGUGUAAUGAUGUGAAUGGAACUAUCCAAGGUGCUGACCUAUUUGUGCUGCUCUACUGGCAAACGUCUGUCUCCACUCGUUCUGAAUGUAAAACGUUGUCUUAUCACUGAGAAUUCGUAUGUGCCAAUCCACUAAGAAAACUGCUGUUUUUAUUCAUACUGGUUUGCAGAAUAUAAACAGAUCAUGCUUGGAGUUUAUUUUAUUUUUGCAAUGGUUUUUAAAUGCUUAUGCUUGAAUUAAAUAAAUCCCAGUCUGACUGGUUUCAAUAGAUCAUGCAUGUAUUGGAUUUAUUAAUAAUACUGAUCGCAUGUGAUGAUACGAUUAUGUAAAAUAUAAAUUAAGCUUUGCACUCUGAUCUUUGGAACACAGAAGAAUCAAUAAUGUUUGCAGUGUAACUGUAAUAGCGGAUUCACAAGGCUUAAUUUUCUGAGAUGUUUUGUGAUCACCAAGCAAUUCCAUUGAUCUAAAAGCAGGAAUGAGGGAACCUCAAAAGAUUUGUGAAUAAAACACUCCACAUGAAUGAUCUUAGAGUUCAUUGGCCGGUAUUUGCUGCAGUGUGUGAGAAGGGUUUCUCUGGGUCAUCCCUCCAGUCUGUAGCUAUAGGAACCGCAGAAUUUCUUUAAGUCUUUAUUUUCAGCACUACGGAACCUCACAUGUUUUGUCUUCCAGCCUGUUUUGUCUAGUAGUUUCUUUUGCAAUCAUU